GCUUUAUCCAGGCAAGGUCACUUGUCCAGCUACAGCCUCUUGGCGGGUUUUCGAAUACUGUGUGGCGAAAUGGUAUCAAUGUGUUGACAGCAUACGUUUAGUUACUGGGCCAAAUAUGUCUGUACUGAGCGACACUCUACACACUGCCAAUGGCAACAAAGAAGUAGUUUCAAAAGAAGACAUGUGUCCUCGCAGACUUUCGAGAGUUUCGCGCUUGAGGGAUAUGUUCCAAACAGGAGUUGUUAAGCCGAUUGACGAUACUGAAGAGGGAUUUGAUGUGGAAAGUUCCGUAUUUUCAGCAUACACAUGUUCUGAUGCUGAGAGGUUUUCAAGGGCUUUUCCGGGGUCCCCACCUCUGAAAACCUUGCGCAAUCAUCGAACAAGUUUGAAUAAAAACGAAUCUACUCAAUUUAGUAUUAAAUCAUCCAAAUCAGUUGAUGAAGUUUUCGCUUUACCUGAAUCACGUUCUCCUGUUAAAUCUCCGCCUACAAGACCUCCUAAGCCUCGUCAUAUAUCUUUGUCUAAACCUUCCGUUCUUGAAGAGGUAAAACUAAAACCAGUUCCUCUAAAAAUCACCGCUGAGAAUCCAUCUUGUAAUAAUGCUACUGAACCGGUGAAAAAUUCCAACGAUUCUAUUGGUCAUAGCACAGAUAAUCAACCAUCGACAGAACAAGGAAAUGGAAGCCUGUCACAUUCAACUAAUAUUCGAAAUUCAACUCCUGUAACUAUUAUCAAAGCCAGACCACAACAAACAACCAAAGAUCCUAUUGAAUGUUUGUCUUAUGCUUCCAUAACUCCUUUACGUCUAUCUAGCAAGAUUGAGGAAACAACUAAAAAUGAUAUAAUUUAUGCUAAUAAUAAUAAUAAUAAUGCUCGUCCUCAAUCACAUGAAAGUGCUAUACAACCCUCCGAAGAAUUAAGUCCACAAUCAACUCAUUUCACAUACGAUCCUUCUGUUGACCAUCAUUAUACAAGACCUAAUUCUUCGGAUAUCCAGGAUUUUGUUCUUCAACCUGAAGCAUUUCACAACUCACCUUUCCCCGAAAUUGUUUGUCAAGAGCCCACUGAUGAUCUUCCUGUAUUACAACAUGCUGAACCUGUUGCAGUAAAUGUUGUAGAUGAUGACGAUGGUUUAGAUGAAAAAAUUGACAAUACGGAAAAUUCUUUUGAAAUUGUCAUUAGUUCAUCUCAGUGUAACACAUCGUUCAGCCCACUAAUCACUUUGCCUGUUCCAAAAGGAUUAAAUGUUGUGGCAGUUGAUGACGAUGGGGUGCAUAUUUUUGAUGAUGGCAAUUUCUUAUAUGCUCUUCCUGGAUUAAAUGAUAAGUAUUCCGAUGAUUCAGAUUUUUAUGAUUCUCGUGAAGACGUCACCAAUAUGUCCGAUUUGAUUUCUUCUCCGUAUACCACUGAACAAUUAAAUGAUGAAGAAAACGUUAAAACAAAUCUAGACAAAAUCCUUUCAUCUAAUUCACCAAAAUCAACAAUCACAGACAAACUAGUCAAUAAACGUUCAGGUAGCAGUGAUAGUCUAGUCAAACAACCAAGAGUUCGAUUUAGUUCUGAACCUAUUUUGGUGUUCAGUACUCAUUCCACUACAGACUACAACCGUAGAAAUGAAGAAAUCGAUCCACUGUCUGCUUCAGCAGAAUAUGAAUUAGAAAAACAUCUUGAAGAUAUGGAGAAGUUUGAAAUUUAUUUCCGUAAAGGUAUAAAUGGUCUCGGUAUCAGUAUAGUUGGUUCCGGUGUUGAUACUUCAUCUGGCGAACAAAAAUUAAGCAUAUUCAUUAAGUCACUUACUCCUGGAGGUGCUGCAGAAGCUGAUGGUCGUAUUCAAGUGUAUGAUCAAAUUGUCCAAGUGGAUGGGCAUAGUUUGGUUGGUGUCUCUCAACAAUUCGCAGCCCAAGUACUCCAAAAUACUGGAGAAUUGAUUCAUUUUAUUCUAGCCAGAGAAAAAGAUCCACCUAAUUCUCGUAUAGCAAAGAUAUUGACAGAAAAACAACAAGAGGAAGAAGAAAAUAAUGGAGAGGAAGAAGAGUUGGCUGAAAAAUCAUCAAGAUUGUUAUCAGAUAAACAUCAAGAGGUUGUAUCCACACAAACUGAUAAUCCUGUGAACUUAUCAGGUGGCGAUUCUACCGAAGCUUUACAUAAUUUGAUUGCUGAAGCUACACGAUCAUUGAAAGAAGCUAAGCGAUGGACUAAUGAUGAUGAUGAUGAUGAUGAGGAUUUCGUAGCUGUUGAUGAGAAUAGUAUCGAUUAUGAAAUGGAAUAUCUUAAUAAUAAUGAUACCAACGAUACAUCGUCUGUAAACAGUCUUUUUCAACAGUUUAGAAAAUCAUCAAAUUGUGCCAAUAAUACAAAUGCAUUGAAUGGUUAUUCUGCUAGUUUGAAUUAUCAACAUGCUAGUCCUCGAUCAGCAUUGAAAGGUACAGCCACUGCAGCAUCAACUCGUCGACGUAAUGAAGCUAUACUGGAGUAUAUUCGUCAAGCUGUACUUAUCCAAGACAAUGUAUAUUUACCAACUGAUCUACUUAAUAGAGAUGAUAAUAUUGAUCAAAAUCUGAAUAAAGAUUAUGUUAGUACUGUGUCUUGGGCACUAGCUAGUGAAUUGCAUGAUUGUAGAAUUCAAGUACGAAAAUUUCAAUCUCGUGUUCGAAAUCUAGAACAACGUUUGACUGCCCAAGAAGCUGCAGCGGAUGAAGCGAUUGAAAGACUUUGUCUACGUUGCCGUCAUUUGGAAUUGGAACUUAAACAAUCACAACAGAAAUGUUCAGAAUUAAUGUCAUCACAACAGCAAAAUGUGUCAAUUACUAACAACUACUCUCCGGGAGCUAGUAACUUAUGUAACCCAAUAUACCAUUCGUCAUUGUUGAAUGCUUCCUCAUACAAAGAAGAUGAUGGAGUGGUGGUAUCUGGCGAAAAUGGCAUUGAAUCUAGCUAACUUCCACAAAAAAAAAAAUCAAAUUGCAUGUGUUGAUGCGUUCGCUUGAAUGUAUUUGUUUUGUUUUGUUUUUUUUUCUGUUCAUUUAUUUGUUUGCUUGUUCUGUUCAACUGGGAUAUACAAACACAUGCCAUGAACUGUUAGCAGACAAAUGAAAAAGGAGAAUAUAGAAGAUGUAUUAUUGACUAGAAAACUGUCAAAUUAUAUUAUUUUUUUUUACUUUUCAACAAAAGCACCUAUCUCCUUUUCUCUUCUCUCUCUCUGUCAUCUUUGUUUUAUCCUAUUUUUUUUCUUAAAAUUAUUUUUGUUGACAAAUUAUGCGCAAUUCUCUUCAUUAGGUUUAAAUCACAUGUUCACCUAUAGGGUUGAUGAAUUGUGAAUGAUUGACCAUUUUUGUUGUGUUUUACACUGAUUGAUUUUACUGUACAUAGGGCAUACUCUUCCUCCAAUAUAUAUAUAUAUAUAUAUAUAUAUAUAUAUAUAUAUAUAUUGCAUGCAUACAACUCAGUUUAUUUUUAAGACAAUCAACGAAUGAAUAAUCGGUGCCUUUUUGCCUACAUGAUUGUUGAUAAUUACAAUAAAGUUAUUGUUUGCCAUGCCAUAAAUUCAAAUAAAUCAUCUGCUCUUUCAAUCUGUAUUCCACCACAUUCUUCUCCUCCCUACAUACACACACAAACACAGUUAGGGAGAUUUCAAAAUUACAGUCUACUCUGCUGCAUCAUUGUUCACUUUCUGUUAUUAGUGUUAAAAAAAAAUUAACAUCUACAAUGUAGUUACUAGUCAUUGAGUGAGGUCUUCUCAACUGGGUGGAUGGUGUCUUCUUUCUUUUUUAGAAAAAAACAUUUUUUUCUCAUUCUCUUUUCUGUCAAUUAGCUAAUGUAUGUUAGUUUCCAUUUCAAAUUGAUUUUGUGUCUUUUUUAUUGUCUACAUUAUUAUUUUUCCAAUUUCAAUUAGUAUAUAGUUAUUUGUCAUUACAAAUUUUCUAUUCCAUUGUUGUUCUUAUUAUUAUUAUUGUUUUUUCAUCAUCUCUGUGCCUUUUAACUUGUAAAAACAAUCAUAAAAAUAAAAAAGCUUAUUUCAAUUGGUCAA